AUGGCCCGUGGAGCUAGACAAUGGACGCGGGAACUGAUGCGACGGCUACAACGUCAUGAUCCCAACGGUCGCAGUACACUGCCACAAAACAAUGACUCGGAUCCUGCUCUCCCAUACCUUCCUGGCUCGUCUGCGUCGCGCGUGUCGUUGACCGACGGGGCGGCUGAACCAGAAAACGCCACGGCCAGUCCCUUCUUCACACGGUUGCCGCCCGAGAUCCGGCACCAGAUUCUCGUGGAAGCGUUUGGCGGACGCACGCUGCACAUGGACAUCCGCGAGAGUCCGCCAUUGCUGCCCAUAUCGGAGCGGUCGCCGAACCCAAGUUCGGUCUCGCCCAACGGCAUGCCACACGGCGGUCUCGGUGCGGACCUGGAACGAUACGGCAUGUGGUCGACGGACGUGAUGAAAGCAGCAGCCGAGGCCCGUGUCAUUUCACCCGACGGCGGCGGUGCGUCGCCGUGGCAGUGGUGGAGCUGUGUGUGCCAUCGCAACUUGCCAAAGGAACACAAUGCACCGCCGCAGCCGCUUGGGGAGGACGGCUGCCUUCGGGGGAAGAACACGAUGUGUUUCCUCUACGCGGGCCAGACUCCCGGCAAGUGUCUCAUUGGCGCCUCUGGAUGGCUGAGGACAUGUCGUCAGGCCUACGCCGAGGGCAUCCAGGUGCUGUACGGCUCCAACUCCAUCGUCCUCAGCCGCGCAAAGCUCAUCGACGCCCUGCUCGCGUCGACCGACCGUCUGCCUUCGUCUCCAUCCAUUCAGCACGUCGCCGCUGUCGUGCCCACCGCGCACCUUGACCGCAUCCUCCGCCUGGAGAUCGCCUGGGAUUGGUGCCUGUUCGCACGGCCCGUCCACAGCGACGAACAGACGGCCGCCCGUGCCCGCGUGGUGGACCUAUUGGAGAGCCUCGCGCACGUCGGCGCGUUUCCGCGCCUCGUGUCGUUGGUCCUCGCAUUCGGCGACAGCCUGUACCAGCGGUCCCAGCCGCCGGACCAACACCUUGACGACGUGGACACCGCGCUGCUCAUGCCGUUGGGGGACUUGGCCACCCGACGCAACAACCGUCUCCUCCAGCUCACUGUCGAGCUGCCGACCAACACGUUCGAACCUCUGUACAGCCGCGCCGUCCGGACCGGCAGCGUGUAUGAAGGAGGCGCGGCCUAUGGUCAGCGGCGGUUCUGGUGGCCGCCGCCCACCGUCUCGGGAGAGAGGGGAGAUGAUGAGACAGACCGUGUCGACAUCGGCUGCGGCUUCUGGGUCAAGUCGGGCAUUCAAAGCUCACUUUGCUUUGACUACCAAGGGAAGCCAUACAGACUCGGUGCAAUCGCGACCUGUUUCUAG